AUGGAAGAAGUAAAGGAAUAUGGAGAGGUGGUUAAUCUGAAUGAGCUUAACAAAUGGGUUGUGAAUGGAAAUUAUAGUGUGAGGUGUGCUUAUAUUGAUAGGUUUUCUAAUAGGCCUAAGCCUUCUUGGCGUGCUUUGAAUAAGGCUUCUCCUAGAAGUGUCAUUUGUCUGUGGCAGAUUCUGCAGAAUAGGUUGCCUACUAAAGAUCGACUUAUCAAAUGGGGGAUCAAUUGUGAUGCAAGUUGUGUCCUUUUCCUUCAGGAUGUGGAGGUUAGAAACUAUCUUUUUCAUGGUUGUAGUUUCAUACUUUCAUUCAAGAGGUGUACAAUGGAGUUGAUGAGUAAGUUGUGUAAACGCAAGUAUUCUAGAGCUUGUGUCAUUGUGAUGGUUUGGACAAAGUUGCUUUACCAGAUUUGGUUUCAAAGAAAUGUUAAAAUUUUUGGACGGAAGGAUUUACUGCCUUGUCAAGUUGCUAACAAUGUCUUUUUUUUGUUACUUCUAGACUUAGGAAUGAUAGGAAAGCUAGCCUUAUUGUAUAGUGUGGCUAGAUAA